GACUGCGACUGGGAGUACCCUUCCAAGCACGGCGCGGACGACAACAUUGUCUCAUACUCGAUCACCCCCAGCUUUCUUGCCUUCCUACGCCUCCUGCACCCUAUGCUCCCUGCUACCGCCAGACUCUCCGCCGCAGUCGGCUUGGAGCCGUUCGCGGGCCCGGACGGCGGACCGCUUGCGGGCGUCAGCGCGUUCGCGAAUGUACCCGACUGGGUGCUCGUCAUGCACUCCGACGUGUGUGGCUCG